AUGCUGGAGCCAAGCAUUCUGCCCACUUCCUGUAGCAGUGCUUUUCUGCAGGCAUCAUAUUUUAUGCAUUUUGGUCUUUAUGCUCGUCGAGUUUCUCUGCCCUACUCUUUGGGCAUGCGUGAGUCUACUCUUUCCCAAUUCCAAAAAAGGCGACAAGAGGCAAAAUACCCGACUACACAAUCGACUCGGUCUCUUCCCCUUUUCGUGUCCUCUCGCAUUCCCUUCUCUUUUACUCUUCUUUUUGUCCAUCUUCUCUUCGCCUCCACAUGCGGCCUGCCUCUGGUGAUCAGACAAGUGAAUCAUCCCAACGGAAUUAACUGCUUUGGCCGGCUCGUUCUGCCACCUCUUUCUAUCCCCUCCACGCCGGUUUCUGCAUGCAUUUCGGCUUGCGAAUGCGCCUGCAAUUUAUCGCGCUCCUGCGAGACCCGCUGUGGGGAGUUUUCAUUAAAGCGAUAG